GUCUCCAUCACCCGAUAUCCGCUACGGGCAAUAGCGGUUGCAGUCUCCCCCGACCAGAGCCACACGAGUAGGCUAUAGGCCUACUGCCACUCCAACGUCCCUAUCUGCGAACCCCGAAUCGGACAGCUCGCCGAGGAGCAGUGGGGCGACGUAAUUCGGCGUUGUCUGUGCUGCUUCUGCCGCUAAUAUGUGUGUUGGCAGGUGCUGCCUCCCUGCCCUCCAUCAUAGUGCGUGUGGAGCACGGGGUGCUGAGUGAGGGGGGGGCGCCCCCAGGGCAUGGGCAGUGUGGCCAGCGGGGAAUCCUCCUCGACCACCACCACCUCUGGGCAACAGCAGCAGGAGAUCGCCAUGCGGAGCGUGGGCACCCGCACCACCCAGCAGAACAGCUUGCCUCGCGCCCCCCCACCACCCCCCUCUUCCUCCUCCACCUCCAACUCUACCCACAGGGGCAGGAGCUUGGAAGAUAGGAGUUACAGCAUCGAGAGGUCCUCCCAGCACCCUCCUCCCCUGACCCAUGCUAAGGGGACUACAGCGGACGAACGCAGCUUUGCCACCGUUGAGAACUCUUCUACUUACUACGGCAGCGAGCGUCCUCCGCCGCUCUGUGAGGGGACAGAGAGAGAGAGGGCCCCCAUCCAUAACAACGGCAACAGACAUGUCUCCAAUGGCAAUAGGGGCAUUCCCAAUGGGAGCCGAGCGGCAGCGGCGGGUAACAGUGAGAGGCAGGUGGCCAAUGCAGUGUUUUUGAAUGGAGGCGGGCGGCGUGAUGGCCGGGACCAGAGGGAUGGGCGGGACCAGAGGGAUGGGCGGGACCAGAGGGAUGGGCGUGAUGGGAGUAGAGAGGUGCCAAGAGGGGCGGUGAGUUUGGAUAUUUGUGGGAACAACGUGCUGAACAAUGAUAAGAACAGUAGCCAACAGCUGGCUCAGUACAAGGAGGCGGGCGCCAGCGCAGCCAAGCUGGAUAACCAUAACAACCCCCCCAACAUCCUCCCCAUCUCUGGGAAGAUGGAGCAGGUUCAGAGCAACGAAGGAUUGGUCCGCCCGUCUGCCUUUAAGCCUGUGGUACCCAAGAGCUUCCACUCCAUGCAGAAUCUGGUGUGCCCCCCGCAAACCGGAGGAGUGUGCCGCAGCGCCGGAGGAGGGUCUGGAGGUGGUGGGGGUCCCAGUGUAACAGGACCCCUCAGAGACACAGACAGCCCUGGCAGCCGGGGUGGAGGUACCAGAGGCGGAGGAGGGGGCGGCAGCAGGGGCGGAGGCCAGGGGAGCCUGUCCGACUCAGGGAGGAAUUCUCUAACCAGCCUGCCCACUUAUGCUGGCUCGGGCUACGGGCCUCCGCCUGUCCUGGGGCCCCUGAGUGCCUCUACCAGCCACAUCAACCACCUGGGGGCCACGGGGGCCCCAGAGAAGUUGGACAAGCCUGGUGGCAUUAGCGGUAGCGGGGGUAAUAGUGGAUACCAGAACGGACUGAGCGCCUCGGAUAGUGGUCGCUCUUCCUCCGGGAAGAGCUCCUUGUCCUAUCAGAGGCUCAGCCACCUGAGUGACGCCCCCGCGCCGCUUCGCCCCUCUCCCUCCUCCGAUGAUGUCAUCCAGGACCUGGAGGACCGGCUAUGGGAGAGAGAGCAAGAGGUACUCCACAUGCGCCGUAACCUGGACCAGAGUGAGGCGGCCAUCGUCCAGGUGUUUGAGGAGAAGCAGCGCGUGUGGGAGCGCCAGAUGGACGAGCUGCGGCAGAAUUAUGCCUCACGCCUGCAGCAGGUGACGCGUCGCGCUCAGCGCUCCCAGAGUGCCUUGCAGGCCCAGAUCAGCCGUCUGUCGCAGGAUAAGCGGCGCCUACAGGAGGAGAUGGCUGCAUUGCUGGCCCAGAAGGAGGAGCUGGAGAGGAAGUGCCUGGACUACAGGAAGGAGCAGGCCGAUAUCCUGCCCCGCCUGGAGGAGACCAAGUGGGAGGUGUGUCAGAAGGCAGGGGAGAUCUCCCUGCUGAAGCAGCAGCUGAGGGAGAGCCAGGCGGAGGUGACCCAGCGGGCGGGGGAGAUGGUGGCCCUGCGGGGCCAGCUGAAGGAGGUCAAUGCCCAGCUGAGGGACCGGGAGGAGGCCAUGCUGGGCCUCAAGGACUCUUACAGCACCAAGAGCCUGGAGCUGGAGCGUUGCGAAGGGGAGCUGCAGAGGACGCUGACCGAGGUCUCUCUGCUGAGGGACAAGCUGGGCAUGUUUGAGGCUGAGGUGGUGGGGCUGAAGCGGGCUCUAGGUGAGCUCAGUGCGAGGGAUAGGGCCAUCGAGGCUAGGGGUGGCGGAGGAAGCAGGGAAGCAUCCAGGACCAGAGGGGGGCUUUCCUCCCCACACAGCCCACCUGAGGGCUCUGCCUUCUCCUACCCAGCCCUGCCUCCACCCCCUGUACCUCCCCCAGAUGCCAUACUGAGUUUGCAGAGCGAUGAAGCUAAAGUUCAGCGCCAGGAGGCCCACCAGCGCCAGGAGGCCCACCAGCGCCAGGAGGCCCACCAGCGCCAGGAGGCCCACCAGCUUCAAGAGGCUCAAUUGCGGCAGGAAAUCCACCAGCAGCGCCAGGAGGCCCACCAGCAGUGGGAGGAAGCGGGGGAUCUGCGCCGGCAGCUGGAGCGCCUCCAAGGCGAGCUGCGUCUCGAGCGGCAGCAGCGCGAGCGGCAGGCCCACACAUUCAAGAAGGAGCGCCACGUGUGGAUGGACGAGAAGGAGCGUGUACUCAAGUACCAGGCCCAGCUGCAGCUCAGCUAUGUGGAGACCCUGCAGAAGAACCAGGCCCUGGAGCUCCGCGUCGGCCAGCUGGGCUCCAAGCUCACCUCCACCAACACCACCCCCUCGCCCACCUCACCACCCCUACAGUCCCUGGCCCCCAUCCCCCUGCCUGCCCCCGUCACCCCCCUACCCUCCCUCUCUCUCUCCCCACCUCCCCUCACCGAGGACAAGAAUUCCCCCCCCUCCCUCCACCAGCUGGCCCCCCCCUGGCCGGUGCCCACCCGUCUGGAGAGGAUAGAGUCCACAGAGAUCUAGAUUCUAUUUGCUGUAGAUAUAUGGCCCUCCAGAACACUGCCGAUCAGUUAAAUUCAGCUUAUACAAACGUUUACAAUAAUUAAACCAUACCACAUAGCACCUGUAUCAAUAGCAUUAAUUUGGUACAGUCCUAAAUGGUUAUACUACUCACUGCUACCCCGGGGCGGUCCUAGGACGCACUGCACUAUGAAUGGUGGACAGAGGCAUGGAGGACCAAUGGGAAAGGGGGAGAAAAAUAACAGUUUAGACUGUGGUAUUUAAAGCCGCUCUUCAAGCCCCCUUGUAUGCAGGUUUUUAGAUCGAUUGAUCUGCUGUCCACAAUAUGAGGCAAUCAUAUGAACAUUUAGGUUGGGGUGAAGAUUGGAGUCAAGAGUAACACACUACUGGAAAAGCUAUUGUUACAUUGUUGUUAGCAUGAUAUUCAUAUAUCAUAAAGAGCAAGACAGUGUGUGGGUGAAAUGAUUUGAAAUACAAAACCUGUAGAAUCUAUUUAAAUCAAGCCCAAUACUACUACUACAGUUAACAAAUAAUGUAAAAGUAUAGACAAGGGAAUUCUCCUGCAGAUUUUGCCUAGGACAUCAUAAUAACUGAUGUAUGAUAGAGUUUGAAUAAAACACAGUUUUACCAACCUAUAUACAAAAAGGGGCUUGAAGGACAACAUUGAACACUACUGUUGUAAGUGUCAGAUUUAAGGCAUGACUGUUGGGCAUGUGUGGUUAUGGUAUGCCAUGUGCAACUGGUCCAGGGCCAGUUCUUCUGCUUAAUUCACAUGGUUAUAUCAAAAUCCAAUCAAAGUUUAUUGGUCAUGUACACAGAUUAGAAUAAUCUGUUAACAAUAGGAACGAGGUAAAGACAGCUAUGAUUCAGGUAAAUGGGGAGAUCCAUCCACACAGCCUCCCCCUGUGGCUUUAUGUGUGCUACAAGAACACACCACCACACCAAAUCACUAAGGAAACAACCAAAAGGUUAGGAUACAGAAGCCGUUUUUAAGGGAUGUGAGAUGUGUUUUUCAGGAGUGUAUUGCAUUGUAUCAUGGUAAGGGGGGGACUGGUGAGAGGCGUGCUUGGUUGAGAUAUGGAAAUGAGGCUUCAGAACCCUAAGGGGCAGGAUUGCAUGACAGGAUCAGUUGUAUAAACCAAUCGGAGAUCUCCAAAUAUUUGAUGGAACUGCAGCUGUGAAUGAUUAACAGCACAUUGCUGGGUUUAAAAAGCCUUUGUUUCCUACCUCUCCAGUAAUGCUGUACAUGUAGGUUUCUCUGUGCUGUCAGUAGCUGCAGUGACUGAGGAUGGCCACCAUGUGGCGACAACUGACACAAAAUGGCUUGAUCAAUCCCAGGAUGACCUCUUUUUUUUUUUGUGGCAUUUUUCUUCGUUUCGAAAAUAUGUAGGCGACAGCCAAAAGCAGUUUGUAAUUUGUUGACGUUCUAGAUGCUUUUGGUCUCUAUUGAUAUUUCUUAAAGUGACAGAAAAGGACAUGUUAGGGAUUAGGUAAUGGGCGAGUUUGUUUUGCAUGGCAAGGUUGGUCAAUGAAGCUGCUUAUCUGACUGAGCAAAGUGUCUAUUUAAGAUCACUAGCAGCAGGUUGUAGCUGAGCCAGCAGACUUGGUGUUAGAUACUCAUGGUGAGAUUCAGACUUUAUAGGAAGAGUAAUGUAUUUUAGGAAUGAUUCUUUGAGACAAUGGAGUUUUGUGUGGUGUACUUGUUUGAACAGGACCCACCAUUAUUUGAAAAAACUAUGUAUAUGUCAAUAUAUACUACCUUUAUAGAUAUCAAGAUUAUAUUUGGCUGUAUGGGACAUUUUACAUUAUACAAAACUAUUCUAAACAUUAUAGUGUGUACAGUAUAUGUUGACAUAUAUUUUAUAAUGGGUCUGGGAAAUUUAGAGAAUGCCUUUGUGAAGUGAGGGGUGAAAGGAGUGAGGACUUAAAGAGAGAAUGAAUGUUAGAGGACUGGUUUAUAUGAGGAUGGUGUAAGUAUAGAGGGAUGGAGGCCCACAUACCCUCUGUCUUGGGGCAACAUUUGCUGCUAUGUACUUCUGUUGUGUCCUGCUGUGUUCUUGGUAGAGACAGAAAGUCAGUGUACUUGGAUGUAAAUAUAAUUUAUUUAUUAUGUGUACAUAUAUAUUCAAAUAUAUCAAGCUAUUGCGUGUGAAUACUUUAAGAGGAUUAUUGUGAAUUAAUGAGACAGACAUUUCUGCUUUAAUUUUUUUUACUAUAUCAAUAUAAAUAUAUAAAUAUAUACAUAUAUUAAAUCUUUUUAAUUUUGAUCUACUACAUGUUACAGUACAACUAAAGCGAACGUUCAAAAACCAUUGUCUGUUUCUUUUUAUUGUUGUUUCAUCUCUUGCAAUGUCUUAAAAGACAAAAUGCUGCCAAGUUUUUUUUUUUAUUAUUUCUUAUUUUGUGUUACUGAAAAAUGGCUUGAAGAAAGCACAUCUUAGCUAAUAUGAAUUUAAUUAAUAAAGUCGUGAUUAAA